GUCCACACACAUACACAGAGUGGAGGACAGUAAACUUCCUCUUCCUCCUCCUGCUGUUGCUUUCACGCUCCACCCAUCCACAUCCACGCAUGCACUCACGCAAACAUUGCACAGACCCACUGAGCUGAAGUGAACGGAGCGGGUGUGAUCGGACAAGACCAAUGACUGGAGCCAGACGAUGGGACGUCAUGAGUCUCUGAAUAAUUAAUUAAAUCCAAUCAGGCAAACAGGUUGCUUUGAUCAUGCAGACAAUCAAGUGCGUAGUGGUCGGUGACGGCGCCGUGGGGAAAACCUGCCUCCUCAUCUCCUACACCACUGGAGCUUUUCCCAAAGAGUACAUCCCAACCGUCUUUGACAAUUACAGCAGCCAGGUGACCGUAGACAGCAGGAUCAUCAGCCUGAACCUGUGGGACACGGCGGGCCAGGAGGAGUACGACCGCCUGAGGACACUCUCGUACCCACAGACUAACGUCUUCAUCAUCUGCUUCUCCAUCUCCAGCCCGGCCUCCUACGAGAACGUCAAACACAAAUGGCACCCUGAGGUUUCCCACCACUGCCCCGGGGUCCCCAUCCUCCUGGUUGGCACCAAGAGUGACCUCCGAAAUGACGCCGACACCCAGAAGAAGCUGAAGGAGCAGAAUCAGGCACCCGUCACUCACCACCAGGGCGUCGCGCUGGCUCGCCAGAUCCAAGCCGUGCGCUACCUGGAGUGUUCCGCUCUCAACCAGGACGGAAUUAAGGACGUGUUUGCCGAGGCCGUCAGGGCCUUCCUUAACCCGGAGCCCGUCGUCUCGAGGAAACCUUGCGUGCUGCUCUGAGAACCAAACCGGGCUCAUUUGUGCUUGGGGGACUCUAUGAAAAAUAUCAAUUUUUUAAAAGAAUAUGACGCGUGUACUGUUUCAGUGCCAUUGACGAUGAUACACGUCCAAUCGUGGCAUCCAGUCAUCCUUUUGCUGUGAAUUUCGAUGAGUUUGUCACUUGUAGACGCCCAUUUCAUUUGAACUGGGAGGAUCUCCCACUUCAAAUGGAUUGGAGGUCUAGCGCCGUCAUUGGCAUCUGUUGAGUUUAUAGGGUGCUUAUUGAAAUGCUAUGAAUUUUUAAAAAGUGUUAUUGGGGGCCAGAACUUGAGUUUAAUUCUCUUUACAUUGAUUUUAAAUCCAACAAAUCAACAGGAAGUGACCCGGAAAUCCCCCAAAUCAACUGGAAGUAACCCAAAAUAAACAAGUUGCCAGCCUUCCUAAUUAAAAUGCAUAGACUUCAUAAUGAUAUUGACGGGACACAAGGCCGAUUAAUAGGGGGCCUGUAUUGUUGGCGUGGCCGUCAAAGCUGGCCGAAUGGAAUCACAGACAAAAAGCUUUUUUCAUUGAAAAUUCUGAUUCUGAAUUUGAAAAUGCCUGAAUUUUUUAUAAAUAUGGACGCAAAACAAUCUUGAUUCUUGGUAAAAACAAAACAAAAAAACCAGUGCAUUUAGCAUUUGUUUUACACAAUUAUGUCGAAGUACAAUGCUAGUCUGUCGAUCAAUGUGGCGGCCACCAUAUGUAAACAGAGCUUUUCCGGUGAAAAUUAAUGUGAAUAAAUGCUUAAAUCCCUUAAUUUUUUUUUGUAGUUAUGGAUGUAAAACAGUCUCAUUUCUUGGUUGAAAGCAAAAAAAAACAAACAAACAAAAAAAAAAAACGUGCAGUUAGCAUAUAUUCUACGUAAAUAUGUCGAAGUACGAGGCUAGUCUUUUAUUCAAAGUGGCGGCCGCCAUAUGCAAACAGAGCUUUUCAGGUGAAAAUUCUUGUGAAUAAAUGCUUAAAUCCCUUAAUUCUUUAUAGUUAUGGAUGUUAAACAGUCUUAUUUAUGGGUUAAAA